CGAUUGUGCUUAACGUUCUGUACAAUUCAUUUUAGGCGGAAACCUGUUCAGCCGGAUAGUGCGUUAGAUGUAGCAAAAGGUGUAAAGGAACAGCAAAAUAUUGCAACUUUUACGAAGAAGGAAGAGAUUGUCGAGGCUCUUGUACAGUCUAGCAUUGAGGGAGGGACACCUCAAACAAGCAGUACUUCUCAUAACAACUUUAAAGGAAGCUGAUAUAAUGAUGGAUCAUCCGUACCUAGAACCUGGAGGGCAUUGGAAACCAGCAAAAUGUGUAGCAAGAUAUAAGGUGGCAAUUAUAAUACCAUUUCGCGAUCGUCAGUCUCAUCUUACCAGAUUAAUCGAAUUCUUGGUACCUAUAUUAAAAAAGCAGUUGCUAGACUUUCGAUUCAUUGUUACAGAACAGUAUGGCACUGGGUUGUUCAAUAAAGGUCGCAUUAUGAAUGCUGCUUUUCGAGUUGCUGAAAAGCUGGGUGUUGAUUGUGUGAUCUUCCAUGACGUCGACAUGUUUCCGCAGGAUGACAGGAUUUCUUAUGGUUGUCCAAACAGCCCACGUCAUAUUGGCGCAUUUGUCAAUAACCUUGGCUACCAGCUGUGGUAUAAAGAAAUUGUUGGAGGUGUUUUAGCAAUGACGAUGAAUGACUUUAGGACCGUCAAUGGUUAUUCAAAUAUGUAUUGGUCUUGGGGAGGUGAAGAUGAUGAUAUGGGUAAACGAAUGAUUUCACUAAAUAUGAAUAUAGAAAGACCAGAUGCGAAAUAUGGACGAUUUUCUAUGUUGAAACAUGUCAAAAGAAAACGUGUUGCACCUAAACUCAUAUACAAGUUAUUAGAGAGCUCUGAGAAACGGUGGCCGAAAGAUGGGCUAAAUGUUACUUCUUGGAAAAUUGAACUUGUAACACCCCUCUACUAUCAUAUUUAUGUUGACGUUGGCGAGCCUCCUUCAGAAUGGGUGAAUUGA